AUGGUUCAAGGUCCAUCCUCUCCAUCUUGCUCCUCCAAUACCUCCCACAGACACACCUACGAAUACUCUGUUUUCCAUACGCCGUGGUGUACGGAGAACAAGUGUAUGGAUACCACGGAGCAGAGCCGUCAAUCUUGCGUGAUAACCCAGAGGCGCACCAUACACGCCAAUCCCCUAGCACCGGGGCCGAGAAACACCACACACGCUCCAAGCAUCCAAGCAAGGAACCGGCGACGAGUCGACGACGGGCCCGUGGAGCCUCCCGGUCUGCUCGUUGCCGUUUUCUGCUGCUGUUCCUGGGAUCUGCUUUCCUCCGCGCUUUCUCAGCUGUAG